GUAGAACCACAGGCCUGCACGUACCCAUGCCAGUGUCCCUCCCAGCCUCUGCAGUGCCCCGCUGGCACCAGCCAUGUGUUGGAUGCCUGUGGUUGCUGCAAGGUGUGUGCCAGGCAGCUUGGCGAGCUCUGUUCCCUGCAGAAACCCUGUGAUCAUCACAAGGGACUCUACUGCGACUUCUCCAAAAUCCACAGAGGCAGCGGGAUCUGUUUAGCUCACGAGGGUGCGACUUGUGACCUGCUGGGCAAGAUCUACCACAAUGGGGAGAGCUUCCAGCCCACCUGCAAGCUGCAGUGCAUCUGCAUGGACGGGGCCAUCGGCUGCAUCCCCCUCUGCUCCGAUGACCUGCGGCUGCCGUCCCCCGAGUGCCCCAACCCUCGGAGGGUGAAGUUUCGCAAUAAGUGCUGUGAAGAGUGGAUCUGCGAGGAGGGCAGCGAGGAAAACCGCUUCGAAACAGCCAUGGCGGUUUUCCGGGAGGAUCCAGCACAUGAGCCAGAGCUGAAUAACCUGCAGGAGAACUGUUUGGUGCAGACCACCGAGUGGAGCGCCUGCUCCAAGAGCUGCGGCAUGGGCAUCUCUGCCCGAGUAACCAACGACAACCCCCAGUGCCGCCUGGAGAAGGAGACCCGGCUCUGCAUGGUCCGGCCCUGCAACUUCUCCACGGAGAAAACCAAGAAGGGGAAGAAGUGUGUGAGGACCCCAAAGCCACGCCAGAGCCUCCACUUUGAGUUUUCGGGCUGCACCAGCACCCGUUCCUACCGGCCCAAGUUCUGUGGCAGGUUCUCGGACGGUCGCUGCUGCACCCCCUACGUCACCAGCACCGCGGAGGUGGAGUUCCGCUGCCCCGAGGGGGACUUCUUCCAGAGGAAGAUGAUGUUCAUCAAGAUGUGCUCCUGCCACUAUGACUGCCCCCGAGACAAUGACAUCUUCCUGGCCACGUAUCACCGGAGGAUGAUUGGAGACCACGUCAAGACAGAGAGGCAGUAG